AUGGAGGCUGAAAAGGAGUGCUUUCCUAGACUAAGGCAAGUUCUGCUUCUCUUUGUUAUGCUGUCUCAGACUUGCGCGGAGCGGAAGGAUUAUACAAUAGCAGAAGAAACGGAGAGCGGUUCUUUUGUGACCAAUCUAGGAAGGGACCUAGGGCUAGGUGUAAGAGAGAUGUCCUGGCGGAGGGCUCGGGUCAUUUUUAACAAUAACAAAAAUUAUUUACAGCUGAACCUUCAGACUGGAGAUCUGCAAAUAAAUGAGAAACUGGAUCGGGAAGAACUGUGUGGCCCCACUGAGCCUUGUGUGCUGCAAUUCCAGGUGUUACUGGAAGACCCUUUGGAGGUAUAUAGGUUUAAACUUUUGGUCAGUGACAUGAAUGACAAUUCUCCUGAGUUCCCAGAAGCAGAAAUGAUUUUGAAAAUCAUGGAAAACACUCCUCCAGGAACUGUGUUUCCCCUGAAAAAUGCACAGGAUUUGGAUGUAGGCAUUAACAACAUUCAAAAAAACUACACCAUCUAUCCCAACUCUCAUUUCCACGUUCUCACCAAGAGUGGCAGUGAGGGCAGAGAAUACCCAGAGCUGGUGCUAGACAAAGCCCUGGACCGAGAGGAGCAGCCAGAGCUCAGGUUAAUUUUCAUGGCAGUAGAUGGCGGAUCUCCCCCCAAAUCUGGGACUGCCCUGGUCCUGGUGGACAUCUUGGAUGUCAAUGACAAUGCCCCUGAGUUUGCACAGCCACUCUAUCGGGUGCAGAUCUCGGAAGACAGUCCUCUGGAGUCCCUUGUUGUCACUGUUUCAGCUCAAGAUUUAGACACGGGAAUAAAUGGUGAGAUAGUCUACUCUUUUUUGUAUGGUGAUGAAGAGACAUCAAAGACGUUUGCACUUAAUGAACUAACGGGAGAAAUUAAAAUAAUUAGAAAAUUAGAUUUUGAAAAAAUUGUGUCAUACGAGGUGGAUAUUAAAGCCUCUGAUGGGAUAGGUCUUUCUGGAAAAUGCACCGUCAUCAUACAGGUGGUGGAUGUCAACGACAAUGCCCCGGAACUGACGGUGGCUUCAAUCAUAAGCCCCAUCCCCGAAAAUUCCCCCGAGAUCACGGUAGCUCUUUUCAGCAUUCAGGACCGAGACUCUGGGGAAAACGGGAAAAUGGUCUGCUCAAUUCAGGAUGAUGUUCCGUUCAUGCUGAAACCUUCCGUGGAGAAUUUCUACAGGCUGGUAACGGAAGGCGCGCUGGACAGAGAGAGCAGAGCCGAGUACAACGUCACCAUCACCGUCACCGACCUGGGGACUCCCGCGCUGAAGACCCAGCACCACGUCACCGUGCGGGUCUCCGACGUCAACGACAACGCCCCCGCCUUCACCCGGGCCGUCUACACCCUGCUGGUCCGCGAGAACAACCGCCCCGCCCUGCACAUCGGCAGCGUCAGCGCCACCGACGCGGACGCGGGCGCCAACGCCCAGGCCACCUACUCGCUGCUGCCGCCCCCCGACCCGCGGCUGGCGCCGGCCGCCCUGGUGUCCGUGAACGCCGACCGCGGCCAGCUGUUCGCGCUGCGCUCGCUGGACUACGAGGCCCUGCGCGCCUUCGAGCUCCGCGUGGGCGCCGCCGACCGCGGCUCGCCGGCGCUGAGCAGCCAGGCGCCGGUGCGCGUGCAGGUGCUGGACGCCAACGACCGCGCGCCCGUGGCGCUGUACCCGCCGCGCGACGGCUGGGCGCCCUGCCCCGAGCUUGUCGCGGGCCGCCUGGCGGCCGUCGGCGGCGCCGGGACGCUGUCGCGGAGCUGCGGGUAUGAGCUGUGCCUGACGGGGGGCUCGGGGAGUAAUGAGUUCAAGUUCUUGAAGCCUAUCUUCCCCAAUAUUUUGAGCCAGGACUCUGGUGGAAAAUCAGAAUUUCCAGAAUAA